AUGGCACAAAAUCGACGAAACUUGACGGGCCAGUUUCAUGUUCCCAAACCGACCACCCCUUCGGACGGGAAUUCCAUUGAUUUUGGUAGGUCGAAAAUGGAGCCUAAUGCUAAGACUCGUAACGUACGUUGGAGUGAUGAGAUGGAUGGUUUUCUGAUCACGUCACUUGUUGAACAAGUGUUGGCUGGGCACAAACGAAGUGACAAUGGCUUUACCACAUUUCAAGUAUCUAAGGCAGUAGACAGGGUUCUCAAUGGAUGCAGGGUCAUGGUCUCAGAUAAGAAUGUAAGGGCAAGGUUAAAGACUCUUAAAAAAGACUAUGCCGAAGUUCGCCAGUUGCUACAUAUGAGCGGUUUUGGGUUGGAUCCUGAAACUGGACACAUUAUAGCUGAUGUCGUUGCUUGGGAGGAUUUUAUUACGGGGAAGCCAGAUUUUGGGAAGUGGAGGACCAAACUUUGUCCAAGAUAUGAUGAAAUGGAGACUAUCUUCGGGAAUGAUGCAGCCACUGGAGAUUGA